AUGGCGAAUUGGAAUGAUAGGCGACCAUUAAAAUUGCACGAGCUGAUAACAGAAUUGGAAGAUAUGGAUGAUAUCCUAUCUCAGGGGGCUACUAUAACAAUCUUUCCACCGGAAAAUGCUAACGGCGAAGUUACUGAUGAGGAUUCCGGAGACGAAGACAACAUAGUCAUCGAUAAUCUUCCUGGUAGCCAACUCAGAGUUUCUGCAGAGAUUAGUUUUGAUGGAGCACCACCGGCUGAAAGUCUAAAUGAAGAUGAAAAUGAAGAUUCUUUCGAUGAAGAAGACAAUUUGCCACUUUCUCACUUUGUGCCGCUAAAGAAAUUACAAAAAUUUAAUUGGAUUGCUGACCGUGAUAUUCCAGAAUCAACAUUUGCCUGGAAUGCGCCCCAUAAAGUUGAAAAUCAUCAAAGUCCUAUUGAGAUUUUAAAAUUGUUUUUUGACGAUUCUCUUAUAUCCAAAGUAUGCCAAUUUUCAAACAUAUAUGUCGCACAAAAUAAUCGGCCGGCAGAUAUAUCGGAGUCUGAAAUAUGGUGUUUUUUGGGCGUGCUGAUUUUGAGCGGAUAUUCUGAACUUCCUAGAAAGUACAUGUAUUGGGAAAACUCAAGUGACACAAAAAAUGAACUUGUGAGGAAUGCCAUAUCACGUGAUAGAUUUAGGUACGUAAUGCAAAAUAUCCACCUUUGCGAUAACAAUAAUUUGAAUGCCAAUGACAAGUUUGCAAAAGUUAGACCCUUCAUAAAAACCCUAAAUGAGAAAUUUAUGGAGUUUGCGCCUACUGAAGAAGUCCACAGCUUAGAUGAAUCGAUGGUUCCAUACUACGGACGACAUGGAACAAAGCAAUUCAUUAGAGGGAAACCUAUACGCUGGGGGUACAAAUUUUGGACAGCUACUACCCGACUUGGAUAUAUUGAAUGGUUUGACCCUUACCAGAGAUCCUCGUGUGUGAUUCCAGAAAAAUAUAAAUUAUUAGGUCUUGGAUCUAGCGUCGUAUUGCAGUUUGCUGAUGAACUUCAAAAGAUUUAUCCCAACUUGGCAUUCCAUAUCUACUUUGACAACUUUUUUACAUCUCUUUCGCUUCUCCAUCAACAAAAUACCAUAAGAGAAAACCGUAUUCCUGAGAGUAAGCUGGGACCAUCAAAAGACCACAAGACGAAAAAUAGAGGGUCUUACGAAUAUAUGUAUGAUGCUAAUAACCAUAUAGUUGUGUGCAGAUGGAAUGACAAUAGCCUAGUUACUUUGGCAUCUAACAGUACCACUGUGAAUCCAAUUUUACAAGCCAAAAGAUAUUCUCAAAAGGAAAAAAAACGGAUAAUGGUAGAUCAACCUUAUAUUGUAAAAAAAUAUAAUGAAAAUAUGGGCGGGGUCGAUAGAGCGGACCAAAACAUCAGCCUUUACCGAGUAUCCAUAAGAGGCAAAAAGUGGUAUUUUCCAAUUUUUUGUCACUUCUUGGACAUGGUAGUUCAGAAUUCUUGGCAAUUGAACAGAAAUAGUGGGGAUAAAAUGGACCAAUUAGCAUUUAGAAGAGCAAUAGCCCAAAGCAUAUUGGAGACACACAAGAAACCAUCAGCUUAUCAAACUGGAAAGACAAGUUAA